GCCGCGAAAGACCCAAAACAUUCUCCAAUUUUCAACGGAAUAAGAUAAAACGACAAAUUAGGCAAUCAAAAAAUGAGAAGCCGAGAGAGAAAUCACAGCAACGGAAUAAGAGGCAAGCACCGAAGAUCGUCCCAUACAUUCAUACAAGGAGAGAGAGAGAGAGAGAGAGAGAGAGAGGAAUUUGAAGGAAGAAGGAAAGCUAAAUGGUUGGGGUUGGUCCUAUCCUAUGGUAACCGAUGCUCGCGAUUCAUCGUCACCGCCUUAAUUAUCCACUUUACUUAAUUUGGAAGAGACGGAACUUCCGAUGAAGAUCUCUCUCUCUCUCUCUGCAUCUGCAUGGUGACUCCUAGUCUCAUCAGUCGUCUAUCAUGUCUUUGAUUCUCCUUUCUCCUCCUUUAUAGAACAAGCCCAAAUUCUUUCUUCCAUUAGCCCAGAUCUUCAUCUUCCCACUUAACCAGCUGCUUCAUUCCACCUUGCUCUUUUUUCCUUAAUUUCGUGUUCUUUCCAUUUCCUCUAAUGGCUGAUCAAAACCACUGGGGCAAUUACUAUCCAUACGACCAUCCAUCUGGGGUCCGUGAAUCAUCAUCGUCGUCGUCGUCGUCGUCGUCGUCGUCAACAUCGGAGGAGGAGAGAUCGAUUUCCGGUGAUGGAAUGUCCGUGAAUAAAUCCGGGAUAAAGAUCAAGCUCACGGUUGGAGAUCAGAGCGUCCACCGUCAAAAUUCUUCACCACCACUAGGUCUAGCAUCAAAAGAAGAUCGUAUAUGCAAGGUCUGCAACAAGGGAUUUAGCUCCGGACGAGCUCUAGGAGGUCACAUGAGAGUCCAUGGUCAGGCACAAGUCCAGGCGGACGAUCCUGCCAGAACCAAUAAUCAACCCCACUUCUCUAAGCUCAAACCUCACGAGUCCAUUAACAAGGAUCAACUAAGCUAUUGUUCUAAUGGCGCAACAGCCGAUCCAAUGACCAAAACAACCUGUUCCAUCUGUGGAAAGCACUUUCCCUCCAUGAAGUCCUUGUUCGGUCACAUGAGAUGCCACCCCGAAAGACAAUGGCGUGGUAUUCGUCCUCCCCCUUCAACAACCACAGCACCCAAGAACAGCUCGUCCUCCACUGUGUCCGAUGCCCUACCUCCUCCGAAGAUGGAUGAUCAGGCCGAUUCCGCUACUACGUCAGGUAGAACUACUUCAACUCUCGAUCUCUGCCAGCUUUUUCCGAACUGGUCCGUCACUGCAAAGCGUGGUCGCAAGAGUCUUGCUUCUACUGUUGCUGCUGCUCCAGUUCCCGAGGCCGUCUAUGGUCUACUGUCUCUUUCGAUCAAGCGAAACCGCAGCGAACAAGCUGAGGCUGAGGCUGCGGACGCAACAGAUUUACCUCCGUCGACGAAGGGCAAAACCCAUAGGCCAGCGAUGAACGUGGACGCGAGAAGGGUUUACAGAGACGCGGCUGACGAAGAAGAGGAGGACCCGGAUGCCAAGAGCUUCAGUUACAUGUCUGAGAUCUACAAGAAUAAGAAGAAUAAUCUUAGUAUGAUCAAAAAGAAGAAAAUCAAGCUCGUAGACUUGGGAGCUGUUCAGGGUGGCAAUCCGAUCAAUUACAAGGAGGCACAAGAAAGGGUCCUCCUUGAAGGAUACAAGUGCACCACAUGCAACAAAUCCUUCUCUACUCCCCAAGCUUUGGGUGGUCACAGAUCCAACUAUAAAGUAGGCAAGAUCUGCCUCCCUAUCCCCACCAUCUUAGACCCGGAAGAAUCAUCUGGGUUUGCUGCAGAAAGCACCGCAGAUGAAGAACAACAUCGGCAGCAACCCGUGUUCGUGGUUCCGGUCAAUCCGUCGACUAAAGUUUGCAGUUCAUUGGAAUUCCGUCCGACGGGAGUGAGAGCCAUACAUCGAUGCAAGACUUGUGACAAGACGUUUUCCACUGGUCAGGCUCUUGAGGGGCAUCAGAGGUGUCACUCAGCGGCGACGGAGGCGGGCACAGUCGUGGAAGCUGCAUCGAACUCAGUGGCAUAUGUACAGGAAGAAGAAGACGAUAGUAAUAGAAUGGAAACUCGUAGGGUGUUGGAUUUCGACCUUAAUGAGCUGCCGGCGGUGGACGAAGAAGUUGUUCUGGAGUCUGUUCAUAGUCUGUAAAAGGGAGCCCCAGACCCAGUCGUCUGCUUGUGCUUUGGUAAUGGAAUCACGUUCUACUGCUUGUGAUUUUGAAUCUUUGUUGGUCAUGUCAUUUAGUUAGCUGAGCUGAUGAGCUCAGGUUGUUGUCACUCCAUCCAGUGGCGAUUGAAUUGAUGCAACAGUAUUUUUUUAUUCCCCUCCCUGAUGGGUUAUGCCCCUUUUUUCUUUCUUGACUAGACUAGACUUUUAGUUUGUGUUGUUCAUGUAAAUAUGCACUCUCUUUACUCUCAACAGCUGAAUGAAGACAAUGUACAGAAACAGAAGUGUGUUCAUUACUGUGUAGUGUGUUCAUACUCAAUCCACCAACCUUU